AUGAACACGGCUUCCUUGUUGCAAUUUACGCACCCGUUGAUCAAGGCCAUUCGAGUGCAACUCAAACAACUAGGUCAUUUAUUGCAAGAGAAUGAAUAUCUUUUGGAGGAAGCUCUCACCAUUGAUCUCGGCAUACAAAACCUUGAAAGUCAUGGGGGCAAGUUGGUGGGGACGAGAAACGAGGUACUCUCUGCGUUGAAAAUUCUCAAGAAAUGGAUCAAGCCUCAAAGUGUGAAGACCAAGCUCACUUGGCUGAUUGCCAAACCUUGGGUCUAUCAUGAACCAAAAGGGAUUGUGGCAAUUUUUGGAGCUUGGAACUAUCCUGUAGUGCUACUGUUUGGUCCACUUGUCGGUGCAAUUGCUGGCGGAAACUCCAUCAUUCUCAAACCCUCUGAAAACUGGCAUGUCAACCGUAGUCGGAAAAUACUUGGAUCCUCGGAACAUCUGCGUUGUCAAUGGUGGCCAAGAGCAAAGUACUGCAAAGCGGCAAAGCCGCCUUUAAACACUAGUAGUUACAUAUAA